CUUCUCAACACUGGAGAAAUAGCUAUAAACUACAUAGUAGCCGUUUGGCUAGGUGACACCGGGAAAGGUUCACUCCAUUUAGACUACAAAAAUCUCUAAACUAAAUUCAACGUAAAUUUUGAUAGUUUUCCGGAACCAACAGCACCAUCCAAAAACGCCUAUCCUGUGCAGCUCAUCUCUCUUCUUCUAGUCCUCCAGUCUCCUACGCGAAAGAAAAGCCUAUGAUAUAAUAUUAUGUCGCGUCCCCUGAGUCGCGUACUGGGCAGUAUUGCCCCCGGCAGCCUGCCCAAGGCAAUUAUCCGAGCCGAUCUGCUUCGUUCCCAGUCACUUGCCCAUGGACAUGGCCUUCCCAUGGCCAUUCAGCGGGCGAACUACUCUAAGCGCAACGGUUCCCCCCCGGAUGCGGGGGAGUCCUACAAGACAGUCUCCAAAUCACGGGACCUGGACGAUGAUGACAUGAAUAGCCUCGAGGGCGAGCUCAACUGGGAACUGACAUCGUCCAAGAACAACAGAUUCUUCCUGCCAAAUGCCACGGGACCCGCCUGGCAAGGCGAUAGCACCACCGUCGGCUUGUUGGGGCCGCUGGCUGAUCUAGUGAACUUUUUCCAAGAACCGAAUGUGGACAAAUCGCGCUUAGAGUUUUCUUGCUGCCCGUGUCCACUACUCAUCCGCGAGUCGCUGAUGGAACUCUUUCCAGUUCGCGCCGUUGCCGAGAACGAUACGCACAUCACAAUGCUGAUUCUUAGCCACGAAGGAGACAUUGAACAGGGUGCUGCGAAGUUUGUGCUCGCUGCUCGGGACAUGUGCGAUCGCCUUCUAUCGCUUGGCUACUGGGCAGACUUUCUAAAUCCGUUCAGCGGACGCCCAUAUUUUAUGCCCAAAGAGGGAACAACGCUUUACAAACAAGACCAUCGCUUCCGUGGACUGAACAUGCGCCUGUCGUAUCAGAACAACUGCCGUGUAAUAGCUCCUGAAGAAAACGAUCGCACCCGCUUCUCUGGCACCAUAUAUUGUACAGCGCCGAGUCACUACGCGCAAGUGGUGGAGUUGUUGCUACCGCCUGGUCACCCUGGGCUCCAAGAACUGCCACAAUAAAGCGAUCGCAUACUUAGAUUAUCCUUGAAUCUAAUUCAUAAGAGAUAUAGGUAGAUUGAAAGGAAAAGAGUUGCAAACACACGCCAAGAAGUUGACGAUAAAGAUGAAGAAGCUUUUUAGUGAUGAUGACUGUGUUAACUGUUUAGGUUUUCUGUUCCGAAAUUGUGUAUAGAUAUAUAGGCUUGUUAAACUAUAUAUGCUGCGAAAUAUAUUCGAUAAGAGUUCUGUUUCCCUCAACAUCAAAAAUUUAA